AUGGCAUCAGCCUGGAUUACAAUGUUUGCCACGCUGCUGCUGGCAUUUGUGAAUGGAACGAAAGAAGAGGUUCACACGUCUCCAUCUGUGCGGGUACACACUUCCACCCCUGUGGUGGCCUUGGGGUCACCGGUGACUGSCUCUUGCGUCAUCAGAGAUGACUGCCCCCUCAUAAAGGGACAAGCCGUUCACAUUGUCUGGCACCUCAACCAACGCCUUAUUCCCAGCAGUUCUGCAGCAGCCAAUGAGAGUGGUAGAAACACUGCAGCGGCCAAUGAAAGUGGCUGGAUCUCCACAGUUUUAUAUUCUGUGGCCAAUCAGAGUGGCUGGAACUCAACAGUGUUUAUACCUAGCUUCACAGACACCAGUGGUAUUAUCACGUGCUGUGUCCUCCACACCUUCCCGUGUCAGAUCGUAGGAGCAGUGGAGAUAAGAGCUGGAUUUCCACCUCCAGCACCACAAAACCUUAGCUGCCUGACUAACCUUACCAAACUGGAAACCCUCUCAUGCCAAUGGGACCCAGGACAGGACACCCACCUGCCCACACAGUACACUCUUUACACUGAGAUCAGGGAUUUACCGGAGAGCGACACGUACGUGCUGCCGCCAGGGGUACAUCACUACAGUAUACCACGUACCGCUUUUGUUCUCUUCUCAGAGAUAGAAAUAUAUGUCAAGGCGGUGAAUGCCUUGGGUCAAGCCACCUCAACACCUUUGCUUCUGGAGCCAAUGGAGUCAGCCAAGUUUGACCCUCCAAAAGUUCUGAAGGUCCAAGCAGAGCCAAACACGUAUGGCUGCCUAAGGCUCAGCUGGGGUCUCUCUGAACAGCAAGCGUGGGUGACCAUUGUGACCUUGGAGGUGCGACUGAAAACAGCAAACAGCAAACCAGUCCCAGUGCCCCGCUUAAUGCGCCAGAGACCCAUGGAGGUGUGUCGUCUGCUCCACGGGACAGAGUACCACAUCCAGAUACGGGUCAGGUAUCACCAGAGUCCAUGGAGCGAAUGGAGUAACAGCAAUACUGCAGUCACGCUUGAGAGGGCUCCCACUGGACGACUCGACUCUUGGAUGAAGGUCUCUAGGGAGCAGAGGCAAAAACAUCUCAGUGUAUACUUGUUUUGGAAGCCAUCGAAGCAGUUCCAUGCCAAUGGCAAGAUCCUGUCCUAUGUUGUCUCGCGCCAGAGACAACCCACGAAAAAGGGACAGUUGUGCGUCACAUUGGAUAGCCACUGUGUUUUCCAGCUUCCCAGGGUAAGGAAAGUGUUCCUCAGUGCUGGGAACGCUGCGGGGACAUCCAGCCCUACUGAGGUGGAAGUGUUUCAACACAGGGUUCUGGCAGCAGUCUCUGACGUCAAUGUCCUUCCUCAUGAUGAGAGAUCACUACUGGUCCAGUGGACAAGCAUACAUGCAUCCAGUGUCACAGGCUAUGUGGUGGAGUGGAGGCCAUUGUGGAAAAUGGACCCUUCCCUCAUCUUGUUUGACCACAUUGACAGGAAUCAAUCCAGCACUCUAAUAUCAGAGAGCAUCGAGCCAUACAAUCCCUAUGGGAUCUCUGUGUAUCCUAGGUAUAAGGACGGAAUUGGCCUUCCUCAGACCGUCGAGGCGUACUCUAGACAAAAGGCCCCAUCUGCCGCCCCAAAUCUGAGGGUGAGGGAGACGUUGCAUUCUCGUAUUGAGCUUACCUGGGAGGAAAUUCCACUAUGCCAGAGGAAUGGGAUUGUGCAGAGCUACCAGGUCGUCUACUGGGAUGAGCAGGGAAACACCAAAGUUGUGACUGCUGAGCUGGGAAAGAGGAGGUUGGUUCUAAGAGAGCUCAACCCUUCAUCCUCAUACAAAGCCUUUAUUAUGGUUAGCACAGGUGGCGGGAGUCUGAACGGAUCAGAGGUUACCCUCAAAACUGAACCAAUGGAUGCCUUUGCUAUCAUCUUGAGAGUUAUUUCCUCUGGUGGUGGGCUGUCAUUGCUCAUCAUUAUCUCAGUUCUGGUCUGCUUCUCAACACAUGAACGGUUGAAAAUGUGCUUUUGGCCCAAGAUCCCUGACCCUGCCAACAGCAGCAUCAAGAGGUGGACCACGUUGGAUUCAAUACAGGUGCAGUAUUAGGAUUAUCAUGACAAAGUAUGUAUUCAGUGUGUGUUGGUAAUCCCUAAGUACAAGGUUUACAAUUUUUKGGGGCAUUUAUGCAUCUAUUCCAUUUAAUGUUUCUGUGGUUUGACCAAGG